GCUUCACAUCCAGCCAAGACAGCUGGCUCCGGCCAGCCAUCAACGCUGCCCCUCUUAUCGGACGAGCUCAAAUCUGCAUCGCACCAUAAUCUCGCGUCUCCGUCCGAACGGCGCGGCACCCGCACCGCCCAAUCCACCCCAAUGCACAGUCGCGAGUCGUCCGCCGUCCGAGGAAGAGCUGCCGACCCUUCCACCUUAGCCCCGACCUUACAAGCCCGUCGCGGUCACUCUGGGUCAAAGAGCCCCGACGUCUCAGCUGGGCGACCUGCAGGGUAUGACGUGGGAUUGGAAAGACGGCCAUCGAACUCGUACGGCCACCACCGCCAGACCUCAAUCGUUCAUGGCAUGCAGCACUCGCGCAACACAAGCAUGGCUGGCUCAACCGCUUCCACCAGUCCGCUGAGCCCCGAGCUCAUCGCCUCUCUCGGCCGCGGAGGUUUCGACGAACCUGGUCCCCCGACUAGGCUGGAUCAGCUCGAUUCGCAUACGAAUUUCCAGAACUCCAGCGGAAUGACGGCGAGUCAUGGCGUACAAGGCACGCUGAGCACAAUUCAGGAUAAUGGCAUUGACGACGUCUUGAAAGGCAGCCCAGUAAGCAUAACACAUAAACGCAUGAAUUCGGGAGGCAUGGCACGGCGGGAGCGAUCGCAUAGUCGCUCGCAUUCGAAGCACCAUUCCGAUUCGAAGACGGUGGGAGAGUAUGCGCUGCAUCAUUUAUUCAACUCGUUCGUUGGGCAAGCAGACAGUAAGAUAAACCAGGCUAUUCUCAAGUUGGGGGAAUCCGAGGCACCUGUGGAGGAGGUCUGUGGACCUGGAGCAGACCCGAACUUCGAUCAGUUGAUAUCAGCUUUGGGACAUAUUGCCAGACAAAAACCGAAACCUCUCAUUGAUACCAUUAUGGUCUGGCGGAAAGCAAAGGGAGAUGCAGCCAUCACUGCUAGGCAAAUGACGAACGAACCCCCUAAGCCAGUGGGUACAGAAAACGGUGUACUGAUGCGUCGUAACACGGAACCAACACAGCCACACGUCGAUCCAUUAUCCGGAGAGCGGCCAGCACAACAGUCAACGUUACUUGGUCGUCAUGAUGAUGUUGCGCUGGUAGAACGACGAGCAACAGUAUCUGUAUACUUAGUAUGCCGAGUCCUGAUUGAGAUCUUCAAUCAGAGCAGUCUUGCAUCUAUCACAUUGGAUAUGGCAGAUCGUCUGGAAGAUAUUGUCUUUGGUCAGAUUAAGACCGUUGAUCCCGAUCAGAUCUCUGCGUCGCCACUUCGGAUGGCCAAUUGGAGGAUCUAUGGUCAAUUGCUUGGAAUCAUGAGUGAACAGAACUUUUCCAGUGUCGCCAAUCGCUUUUUGUCGGAGCUUGACCAAUAUCAGAAAGCGGAAGUCGCCCGCGGUCCCUCGCGCGAGGGCGAUGCAAAGGCUGAACUUUUGAUCCUCGGCAUGAGAUACUUGCGCUUGCCCGUAAACCCGGAUACAUGGAGCAAAUCAUGCGACUUCAUGCGAUCUCUGGCUCGCUUGUUUGUGAAUGCUCAUGGGCAAAAGAUUAAGCAGGCCUACUGCUAUGUGCUUGAAAAGUUGUUACUGCCCGUUGCUGCCAAUCCCACCGUGGACUUUUCACUCCCUCGAUGGAAAGAAUUCCUUGAGUUGGUACAAUCACGAUUGGCACAACUACUCACCAAGCCUCGGCAUUGGGUGGCUGCUUUCUCAUUGAAUGUCUUGUUGCUCUGUAUCUCCAACAAAGAAACCUUCUCUACACAAUGGCUCUCGAUGAUUUCAAGCCUGCCUGCACGUCUGAAGGAUCGUCCUACUCGUGCUCCAGCUCUACAAGCCAUCUGCCGCCUUGUUUGGACAUAUUUCUUCCGUUAUUCCGACUCCCCGACAACGACCCUUCGCAAGGUAGAAGAAGUGGUCAAGAUUGCGCUCCCCUCUGGAAGGAGAACGUAUCUGAGUGCCGAACCAGCGGUUGCGGAUCCAUUGAUUCAACUAAUCCGAAUGAUUGGCUUCAAACACCCUGAUGUCUGCUUCAGGACUAUUAUAUUCCCUUUAAUCAACUCCGAUCUGUUCUUGUCCGGUCGUGAAUUGAAAAUUGAACAGAUGGAGCCGGAAAAGAUGGUCAUUGGUAUUCGUGCUUUCCUUGCUACCAUGUCUGAUUUGGAGACAAGCGACCAGCUAUGCCCCCCAUUCCCGACAGGUUCUCUACCAAAUCCAUUCAUGGAUUCAUCAACCCCGAUAUACUUCCAUCGUCCGCAGCUGCUUGCUGAGUUCAAGACGGUAGGUGCGUCUCAGAAGCUCAAUCCUGCAGAAUCGAACCCUGUCAACAUUUCCAGACUCAGUGAUAAUGUGAAGGAUUACUAUCUUCGAUUCUGUGAGGUUCUUGGAAAAAUCACCAUUCUGUGCGAUAAUACCUUUGGUGGCCAGGCCGUUCUUGAUGAGAAGUUUGGAGGAUUGACCCCGAAGACCCCAAUAACCGAUGCCUUUGGGUUUGGACGGCGUGAUGAUCACAUAAACACACUGGAUCAGAAACAAGGCUUCUACGAUUUGCUACAUGUGGCUGUGCAGGCCUUGCCACGCUGUCUUUCUGACCAUAUCCCAUUCAACACGUUGAUCAAUCUCCUCUGCACGGGAACUGCUCAUGUUAAAUCGAACAUUGCAACUUCCUCUGCAGAGUCGCUUAAAGCAAUCGCCCGGCAAUCGCAUGCACAGCAGGUGACUAUUGGUUUUGCACGGUUCAUAUUCAACUUUGAUGCACGGUAUUCUACCAUGUCCGAUGAGGGGAUGCUCGGGCCUGGCCACAUUGAGUCUACUCUAAGACUCUAUGUUGAGCUGCUACACAUCUGGAUUGAUGAAAUCAAGCAGAAGACCAAGGAAGCAGCUUCUGAUCAACUUGAGAAGUCCGUCUCUGGCAGUCGAGCACUCCAUCUGGAUCUUUCAACUGUUCUUGCUCACGUGGAAGAGAUUGAGUCGCAUGGACUUUUCUUCCUGUGUUCCCAAUCAAGACGAGUCCGGGCAUUUGCGAUCAAUGUAUUGCGACUGAUUACUGAAUUUGACAGUGCGCUCGGAAAGGAGAACACAAGAAUCAUUAGGAUUCUCGAGGCCGAUUCGCAGGUAAUUAUGGAUGUCAACGACGAACAACUCACUGUUGCGGAGAGGAGUCGUAUUCAGAAGGGCAAGCGAAGGAGUGCGUCCCAGAAUACCCUUAUCGAGCUGUGCAGCAGCGAAGUCUCGUACGACUCAACGCUCUGGGCUAAGGUCUUCCCCAACAUUAUUCGGAUCAGCUUUGAGACAUGUCCCUUUGCGGUGACUCUUGGUCGAGAGAUUGUGUGCGCACGUCUUCUGCAGAUGCACAAGACUAUUACCUCGCUCGCAGAGAGGACCAGGCCUCAGUAUCCUUCCCCAGUGGAUGUUCACCAACAGCGUCCUAUGGGUCGAAGCAACAUGACGGCAGAGAUUCUUGUAGAACAAUGGAAGCUCUACCUGGUUAUGGCCUGCACUACUGUCACUAGCGUGGGUGCUCAAUCACAGAGCCAGCUAGCAAAUGCCCAACAUGCUCGCAAGGCUUCUAAGGGAGCUCAGUCUCAAGACAAGAUAAGCUCUGCCCGCAGUCUUUUCGCCUUCGUUAUACCUCUUCUCUCUGCAGAGCGCGAUUCCAUUCGAAAUGCCAUUGUGAUAGCGCUGGGAUCUAUCCACAAGAACCUCUACCGUACAAUGCUGGAAUCACUGCAGUAUGCAGUCACCACCUGCAAUGAAGAGGCGAAGAUUCGCAUUGGGACGCACCAUCGCACUCCCAGUAGCCCCUUGCGCAACAGAGAUACGGAGCGCCUGCGCACGGAGGUCACACAUGUCUAUAAGCUUACUUCCCAUUUCCUGCGAGAACCCGAGGUAUACAAUGACGACUGGGUCGUCAACAACCUUAUCACCUACGCUAAGGAUAUUCGGAUCUUCUUGAGCGAUGCGGAGGUUCAAAAUGACUGGGAAUACCAGCGCCUGCGAUUCCACUACUGUGGCUUGAUGGAAGAGCUCUUCGAGGGAGUAAACCGCACCAAGGAUCCUUCUCGCUGGAUUCCUUUCGAGUCUCGCAAAUCCGCAUUCUCUCUCAUGGAGGAUUGGUGUGGAUACUCACCGAACCAAGCACAGAUCUCCCAGAGAGAAGACAACAUGCGGAAGUUUGCAAUUGCCCAGCCAUAUGAAGGUGGUGAGAUGCGAAAUGCUGCGGCAGCCUUGGAAAUCGAGAAGAAAAACCUUCGCGCUGCUGCAUUGAGUGCCAUGGCUUCUCUUUGUGCUGGUCCAAUUAGUAUCACGACUGAAAGUGGAUCGGUGCUUCAAUUCGAUGUUGGUCGAAUGCUCUCGUGGGUUGAUAUCAUCUUUAGCACCGUCAGCGAUAAGUGGCAUUCGAUUGGCCGUCGCGCUUUGAAGAAUCUUAUCAUUCAUAACAAGGAGCACGCGUAUCUGAUGGAGCGUUCGAUCGAGAUGUGCUACGUCACUGAGCGACCAAAGGCGAUCGAGAGCUAUUUCGAAGUGGUGACCGAGGUUCUUCUGGAGCAUCCUGACUACCCACUUGAGUUCCGCAGGGUACUAGGCGCCGUUCUGGUGACCCUCGGUAACCAGAAGCGUGAGAUUCGGAUGAAAUCAGCGAAGCUUUUACGAAAAUUGGAAGAGCGCCAACAGAAGAACUCUCGUCUCCAAGACUUCGAUAUCAGCAUCUCUGAUAAGACUACGGCAGUGUACAAGCUUGCUCAGUUCGAUAUCUCCAAGCGACUGGCAAACCAGCACUCGGACUUGGCAUUCACUCUGUUCUCCGAAUUUGCUCUCCACUUCCGCAGUCUACGCCCAGACAGCCAGCGCAAUAUGGUAGCUGCCAUCCUGCCGUGGGUCCAGACAAUGGAGUUGCAGGUGGAUCCCAAUGGUGGUCCAACGUCCAAGUCAUACAUGCUCCUCGCGAACCUCUUCGAAAUUACUAUCCGCUGCAGCACCAUCCUCCCCAACCAGGUGCAGGCGCUGUGGCAGGCGCUGGCGACAGGACCUCAUGGCGGCAAUGUCCAGCUUGUCCUCGACUUUAUCAUCAGCCUUUGCUUGGAGCGUAAGGAGCAGAACUUCGUGGAGUACGCCAAGCAGGUUGUCGUCUUCCUAGCUGGCACCCCCGCGGGAUCAAAGGUAAUCGAGUUCUUCCUUAUGCAGGUCAUGCCGAAGAAUAUGGUGCAGGAGCGGAAAGACCUUACGCCUCCUCCCCCGGAAUUGAAAACUCUCCCAUAUGUUGCCGACCUAGGUACCGUCCUCCCGGUUGGAAACAAACAAGCCGGUCUGUCACUGGGACAAGUUGCGCUCAUUUUCCUCGUUGAUCUGAUGGUUGCGCCUGUCACAUUGGCUUUGGAUGACGUUAUCAAGCUCCUGCACGUCGUCCUGAUCCUUUGGGAUCACUACACUGUGACUGUCCAGGAGCAGGCGAGAGAGAUGCUGGUUCAUCUUCUCCACGAGCUCAUUGCAGCCAAAUUGGAAGAUGACGCCCCCACUGGAAGUCGACAGGCGAUUGAAGACUUUGUCGAGUCGAUCCGCAAAAGUGAUCCCGCAGUUGUCUGGGAAUACGAGGAGAACAACGGCAAAGAAGACGAAGAUGAUGAUCGCAAGGUGCCCCAAUCUAUGGGUGCAGUGACGCGUGAUGUGAUCAAGUUUUUCAGCGUUAGAUAUGAGGGCAUUGGCGAUCUCUGGGCUAAGGAGGCGUUGAAUUGGGCGACCUCCUGCCCUGUGCGGCAUCUUGCAUGCCGCUCAUUCCAGAUUUUCCGGUGUAUCUCGACCUCGCUUGACUCGCGAAUGUUGGCGGAUAUGCUUGCCCGACUCUCCAAUACCAUUGCGGAUGAGGAGACGGACUAUCAAACCUUCUCAAUGGAGAUUUUGACUACGCUGAAGAUUAUUAUCAGCUCCUUGGCACCUGAGGAUCUUCUACAUUACCCUCAACUUUUCUGGACCACGUGCGCCUGUCUGAACACCAUCCACGAAAGCGAAUUCAUGGAAAGUUUAGGUAUGCUCGAGAAGUUCCUAGACCGAUUAGACCUCAGUGACCCCAUGGUGGUGGCGCAACUUCUCGAGGGCCAACCACCCAAGUGGGAAGGUGGAUUCGAUGGUCUUCAGGAUCUGGUGUUCAAGGGUCUCAAGUCAUCUGAGUCUUUCGAGCAGGCACUAGACACACUCUACCGUCUGAGCGGAUUGCCAAAUAACGAACUAAUUGGGGACGGAACGCGACAAUUGUUCACCAUCUUGGCCAAUCUGCCUCUUUUCCUUCAGUCUUUCGACCACGGAUUCAUAGAUCAGAAACCCAUUUUGCAUGCCAGCUUACUUGCUCGAGUUGCAGAGAACGAGGGAUGCCCCCGACUUGCGGCGUCGAUCUUUGGCUUCGCAAACCAACAGUACAAGUCCGAAAGUGUCUUUUUGGACCAUAUCAUCACCGAGAUCAAGUCAUACUACUUCCCGCAGCUAGACUUCCAGUGCUUAAUCUUCUUGAUGGGUCUUCUCACCAACACGUCGGACUGGUUCCGUAUCAAGACAAUGAAGAUCCUUUGCGUCUUGAUCCCUGAAGUUGACAUGCGCCGAAACGAGGUCACAUGUCAUGGACCGGAUCUGAUUUCCCCAUUGCUGCGACUUCUCCAGACAAACCUAUGCCCUCAGGCUCUUGAAGUAUUGGAUAAUAUCAUGACAGUCUCUGGCAAUCCGAUGGAGCGUCAUCAUUUGCGCAUGAGUAUGGCAUCGGCUACCUCAUCUCGUGCUAUCCGCAAGGAAUACGAGCGGAUCCAAAGUCUCUAUGGUAUUCCCGAGCCUUCAGGUUGGUCUGUGCCUAUGCCAGCGACUCAGUCAAGUACAACUCGAAACAAUGUACACGCUGUGUUCUACACAUGUGCCGAAGCCGAUGACCCGACCGUCCAAGACACCAUGACGCCGAACGUGGAGUUCCGUGCAGAGGAGUACACUGACUCGUUCUUCCCAGUGAGAGCUGACACAAUGAAGUCUGUCGACACACAGAACGACGGCAACAUGGGUGACAUGGUGCAGAAGCUGGACAGCCUGGACGAUUUCUUCGAUGAAGAAACAGACCAAAGCAUGCCCACGCUCAACGUGGCUCCGCCGAUGAUCCGAGGCUUUACUGGAAACUACCUCGACACCAAUGCCCAUCUGUAUGACCAACAAACGGCGCCCAUUUUGCGAAAGUCACUCGCUCGAACGGGCUCUACGUCGUCCUUUCACAACGGUCUAGCCGAAAACCGCACAGCCAACUUCCGCUUCGACGGACCGGGUAUACCAUCUCCGGUGAGCGCAACAACACCUUACAGCGCCAACCAGACUCUGCGACCGGCGUCCCAUGUUCGAUCUGUCACUUCGCCUGCCAACAAUCUCUUUGUCCAAACGCAGACCAUGGCGCAGCACGGUACACCACAUAUGGGCCUGAAUGACUCCGCCUUUCUGUCCGACGACGAUCUCGAGGAAACUCACUCCGAUAUGGACGAUCGACCCACCCUCAGACGUCCACACCCUCCAAUGCCACCUAUGGUCCGCAGCGCAACAGACAGCCCGCACUCCCUCGAGUCCAUGAUCCGCAGCGGCAUGCGCCGACUAACCGGCGGCGCAGCCAACAACCGGGAAAAAGAAAAGCAACGCGACCAUCUCCGCGCCACCCAUCGCGCCAUUGUCCAAACGGCCAAUUCUCCGCGUGUCCCCAAAGUACCAGAAGAGUACCUCGCAGGACCAACCAGCCACCCGGCGUCCCCGAGGUGA